CUAGCGAAAACUCCGGGACCCUUUCCUUGAAGUUAUUCUGACCUCAAAAAUCGACUCUCAAUCCCUUUACCCUCCUUUCCUCGACAUCAAUUGUCCUCAGGCCGCUUUUCCUUGACACCAAUUGUCUUCGGCAAGAUGCAGGCUUUUUCAAGAUGCGCCAGACCUGCCCUCAAAGCAGUCCUGCGAAGACAGAACUAUUCGACCUCAACGGGAGCGUACGCCGCGACUGCUGAGAACCUAAGGAUCAACAAAGAUACAAAGGUCAUCUAUCAAGGCUUCACAGGAAAGCAGGGAACAUUCCACGCGCAACAAGCUAUCGAGUACGGCACUCAAGUUGUUGGAGGGACGAAUCCUAAGAAGGCUGGACAAACACAUCUUGGUCUGCCAGUUUUUGCGAACGUUGCAGAUGCAGUGAAGGAGGCGGGAGCUACUGCCUCAGCUAUCUUCGUCCCACCUCCGCUUGCGGCAGCUGGUAUCGAGGAAGCUAUUGCGGCCGAAAUCCCUCUGGUAGUCUGCAUUACUGAGGGUAUUCCCCAACAUGACAUGGUCCGAAUUACCGAUAUCUUGAAGACGCAAGGAAAGACACGUCUGGUGGGUCCCAACUGCCCAGGUCUCAUUGCUCCCGGACAAUGCAAGAUUGGUAUCAUGCCUGGGUUCAUUCACAAGCGGGGUCGUAUCGGUAUUGUCUCUCGUUCAGGAACUCUUACCUACGAAGCUGUCAACCAAACCACCCAGGCUGGUCUUGGUCAAUCUCUUGUCGUUGGUAUUGGUGGUGAUCCAUUCUCUGGAACAAACUUCAUCGAUUGCUUAAAGGUCUUCCUGGAGGAUGAAGAGACAGAUGGUAUCAUCAUGAUCGGUGAGAUUGGAGGUUCUGCUGAAGAAGACGCUGCCGAUUUCUUGAAGGAAUACAACACCGCAAAUAAGCCAGUUGUAAGCUUCAUUGCCGGUAUCUCCGCGCCACCAGGACGACGAAUGGGCCACGCAGGUGCCAUCGUCAGUGGUGGAAAGGGAGGAGCGGAUUCCAAGAUUGCGGCUCUUGAGGCUGCUGGUGUUAUCGUGGAGCGAAGUCCAGCUCUUCUUGGAAAGACUCUACACGCAGAGUUUGUACGACGUGACUUGAUUUAGAUGACCUUGUGAAAUAGAUGACGG